UUUGUUCAUUGUUUAGACAAGAUUUACCAUAAUAACGGUGUAAAUCACGUACCGUACUCUUGACCCUACAGGGAUAAGCGCGUCUAUAACUUUUAUAGUCGACUUGUAAACAAAUGACACGAGUCACAUGACAACUGACACGAUCACAUGACAGUCAAUAGCCCUGUGGUGAUUUCAUUAAAGUUUUGUAGAUUUCAGGCUUCAUGUAGGGGGUUUCUGUGAGAAUGGCUGCACAUUGGUUUUUCCUUGGAUUCUUGUUGCUGAUUUUCGGUGGAAAAACAGAGACACGUUUAUCUGUGAAGGAAAAGCUCAAUAAUGAGCUCAUCCCAUCUCACAGAGACCUUGCUCCUGAUUUCAAGGAAAAGUAUUUUAAACAAGUUUUAGAUCACUUCAAUUACAACAGUCUUGGCAAUGGCACAUAUGAUCAGCGCUAUCUUAUUACAGAUCAGUACUGGAAGAAAGGCAGUGGACCCAUUUUCUUCUACACUGGCAAUGAAGGAGACAUAUGGGAGUUUGCACGGAAUUCAGGGUUCAUCACAGAGCUGGCAGCAGUGCAGGGAGCCCUGGUGAUAUUUGCUGAGCAUAGGUACUAUGGAAAGUCUCUUCCAUUUGGGAAGGAUUCAUUUAAUAUCCCUGAGGUGGGGCUGCUGACGGUGGAACAGGCCCUGGCUGACUAUGCAGUCAUGAUCACAGAGCUGAAGGAGGAACUGGGAGCCCAGAAAUGUCCCGUCAUCGUCUUUGGUGGAAGCUAUGGAGGAAUGUUAAGUGUUUACAUGAGAAUAAGGUACCCGAAUGUUGUGACUGGGGCAUUAGCCGCUAGUGCUCCUAUCCUGUCCACCGCAGGUCUUGGAGACUCUAGACAGUUUUUCCGGGAUGUUACCUCUGAUUUUGAGAAGUUUAACCCUGCCUGCAGAGAUGCAGUGCAAGGAGCUUUCCAGAAGCUAAACACUUUGGCCCAACAGAAAGACUACAGGCGCAUCCAGUCGGCCUUCUCCCUGUGUAAAACUCCCUCCACCCCAAAGGACAUUCAUCAGCUGAACGGACUCUUACGUAACGCCUUCACCAUGAUGGCCAUGUUAGAUUAUCCCUACAGCACUCAUUUCAUGGGCAGCAUGCCAGCCUUCCCUGUGAAGGUGGCGUGUGAAACCAUGCUGAAUGGCACUGAUCUUAUGUCGGCACUCAGAGAUACUGUCGGCAUUGUGUAUAAUUCCACUGGACAGCUCACAUGUUAUGACCUCUACAGUCUCUAUGUGGAGUGUGCCGACCCCACCGGCUGUGGCCUUGGCUUUGACAGCUAUGCAUGGGAUUACCAGGCCUGCACUGAGAUAGAGAUGUGCUAUGAGAGUAACAAUGUGACAGACAUGUUCCCACCUAUGACGUUCACCGAGCAGCAGAGGGAACAGUACUGCUUAAAGAGAUGGGGCGUGAUGCCGCGUCCAGGGUGGCUGAAGACCCAGUUCUGGGGCGACGAUCUCUCCACUGCAAGCAAUAUCAUAUUUUCCAAUGGUGAUCUUGAUCCUUGGGCUAAUGGAGGGAUCAGGAAGUCACUCAGUCCAUCAUUGAUUGCAAUCAGCAUACCAGAGGGAGCUCAUCAUCUGGAUUUAAGGGAGUCUAACCCUGCUGAUCCUGAGUCUGUGAUCGUGGCUCGGAAAAAGGAGUCAGAGAUCAUCGCUCAGUGGGUGAACGCAGCAAUGAAGGAGUCGUCAUGAGUUCAUUUUUAUGUACAAUUUAUUUCAACAUUGUAAACUUGUAAAAUAUUGAAUAAAUCCAUUUAUUUUCCACAGAAAUGGACAUUUAAAAGAUAUAUUCCAGAAAUAUGAAUUUGUCAAAAGAAAAGACAUAAUGUACAAGCUCACUCUCAUGUCUAAAUUGUCAUUUGUAAAUUGCCAGAUUGAACUGGGGUACUUGUAUUUGUCAUUAAAAGGAAUAUGUACAGCUGUACCACA